UUUAUUUAUUUUUCUUUUAUUUUAGGUGUUUGGAAAUGCUCCUCCAAGUACAAUGACAGAAAAAUUUUCUGAUCUCUUACAAUUCACUACUCAAGUGUCACGAUUGAUGGUGACUGAAAUUCGACGGAGAGCAUCAAAUAAAUCCACAGAGGCUGCAAGUCGUGCCAUCGUCCAGUUUCUGGAAAUCAAUCAAAGUGAAGAAGCAAGUAGAGGUUGGAUGUUGCUCACUACAAUUAAUUUACUAGCUUCGUCAGGACAGAAAACCGUGGACUGCAUGACUACAAUGUCAGUGCCUUCCACACUCGUUAAAUGUCUGUAUCUGUUUUUUGACCUUCCACAUGUGCCUGAGGUAGUUGGAGGAGCACAGAAUGAGCUACCUCUCGCAGAGCGCCGAGCGCUACUACAGAAAGUCUUUGUACAGAUCUUAGUAAAACUGUGCAGUUUUGUGUCCCCUGCGGAAGAACUGGCUCAAAAGGAUGAUUUGCAGCUUUUAUUCAGUGCAAUAACGUCAUGGUGCCCUCCCUAUAAUCUGCCUUGGAGGAAGAGUGCAGGGGAAGUACUGAUGACCAUAUCGCGUCACGGCCUUAGUGUCAAUGUAGUGAAAUACAUUCACGAAAAAGAAUGUUUGUCCACGUGUGUUCAGAACAUGCAGCAGUCUGAUGACCUUUCUCCCCUUGAAAUAGUUGAGAUGUUUGCUGGGCUUUCUUGUUUUCUCAAAGAUUCCAGUGAUGUAUCACAAACACUACUGGAUGAUUUUAGGAUAUGGCAAGGAUACAACUUCCUCUGUGAUCUCCUCCUCAGAUUAGAACAGGCAAAAGAGGCUGAAUCAAAGGAUGCUUUGAAGGACUUGGUUAAUUUGAUUACUUCCUUAACAACAUAUGGUGUAAAUGAAUUGAAACCAGCUGGUGUUACCACUGGGGUACCUUUCCUACUACCUGGAUUUGCAGUGCCUCAGCCUGCAGGCAAAGGUCACAGCGUGAGGAAUAUUCAAGCGUUUUCCGUCCUUCAGAAUGCAUUUUUGAAAGCAAAAACUAGCUAUCUAGCACAAAUUAUCCUUGAUGCCAUCACGAAUAUUUAUAUGGCGGACAACGCCAAUUACUUCGUUUUGGAAUCACAGCACACGUUGUCUCAGUUUGCAGAGAAAAUUUCUAAACUUCCAGAAGUGCAGACCAAAUACUUUGAGAUGCUGGAAUUCGUUGUCUUCAGCUUGAAUUACAUACCCUGUAAAGAACUGAUCAGUGUGAGCAUCCUUUUAAAAUCCAGCACUUCUUAUCACUGUAGCAUCAUUGCCAUGAAGACGCUCCUGAAAUUCACCCGUCAUGACUACAUCUUUAAGGAUGUCUUCAGGGAGGUGGGGCUUUUGGAGGUGAUGGUAAAUCUUCUUCAUAAAUAUGCAGCCCUUCUGAAAGAUCCCACCCAGGCUUUGAAUGAUCAAGGGGAUUCAAGAAACAGUUCAUUUGAGGACCAAAAGCAGUUGGCUUUGUUGGUUAUGGAGACCCUGACGGUUCUACUACAAGGCUCAAACACAAAUGCAGGUAUUUUCAGGGAGUUUGGUGGUGCAAGAUGUGUGCACAACAUUGUGAAGUAUCCGCAGUGCCGACAGCACGCUCUGAUGAUCAUCCAGCAGUUGGUGUUAUCACCUAGCGGGGAAGAUGACAUGGGCACUUUGCUGGGACUGAUGCAUUCUGCUCCACCUACAGAACUGCAGCUGAAAACGGACAUCUUAAGGGCCCUCCUGUCAGUGCUAAGAGAAAGCCAUCGCACCAGAACUGUUUUUAGAAAAGUUGGUGGAUUUGUGUAUGUCACAUCUUUGCUCGUUGCUAUGGAAAGAUCUUUGUGCUCACCACCGAAGAAUGGCUGGGAGAAAGUAAACCAGAAUCAAGUGUUUGAACUGCUUCACACGGUGUUCUGCACAUUGACUGCAGCAAUGCGCUAUGAGCCAGCCAACUCUCAUUUCUUCAAAACAGAGAUCCAGUAUGAAAAACUGGCAGAUGCUGUUCGAUUGCUUGGAUGCUUCUCAGACUCAAGAAAAAUAAGUCCAUUGAAUGUCUUUCCUUCAAAUACACAAUUAUUUCAAAGACUGUUGGAGGAUGACCUAAUCGCUCUGGAUUCUGUGUCACCUACGCUAAGACAUUGCAGCAAACUUUUUAUAUACCUCUACAAGGUAGCAACAGAUUCUUUUGACAGUCGUGCAGAACAGAUCCCUCCUUGCCUGACAAAUGAGACCUCUCUCCCCUCUCCCUGGGGUACGCCAGCUUUGUCAAGGAAAAGGCAUGCAUAUCAUUCUGUUUCAACACCUCCUGUUUGCCCUCAGAAAAACAUACCUGAUCUUAAACUCCAAGCGGGAUCUACAUCCAUGCAAAGCUCUGACGCGGUUGUUAUUCACCCUGGUGCUAUGCUUGCGAUGCUGGAUCUUCUGGCCUCUGUUGGAUCAACUACACACCCAGAGCAUGCGCUGGACCUCCAGCUGGCAGUGGCCAACAUCCUGCAGUCCCUUGUGCAUACGGAGAGGAACCAGCAAGUCAUGUGUGAAGCUGGGCUCCACGCACGCCUCCUCCAGAGAUGCAGCGCUGCUCUGGCUGAUGAGGACCAUUCGCUGCAUCCCCCGCUCCAGAGGAUGUUUGAAAGGCUGGCCUCCCAGGCACUGCAGCCCAUGGUGCUCAGGGAAUUUUUACGCUUAGGAAAUCCUCUGAAUUGCGGAGCUUGGGACAAAAAGCUGUUGAAGCAGUACCGUGUGCACAAACCGAGCUCAUUGAGUUUUGAACCAGAAAUGAGAAAUAUCAUGGUUACCUCAAUGGAAGGUCUGGGUUCAGACAGCGUCUUCAGUUUGCAUGAAGAUAGCCACUACCGGAUCAGUCGGAGCCUGCUCAAACCAGCUGAAGGAAGCACAGUCCCCCUGACGCGAGUGAAGUGCUUGGUGUCCAUGACAACACCCCAUGAUAUCAGGCUUCACGGCUCAUCAGUUACUCCUGCCUUCAUCGAAUUUGACACAUCUCUUGAAGGGUUCGGCUGUCUGUUCUUGCCAAGUUUGGCUCCCCACAAUGCACCUACCAAUAAUGCUGUCACGACAGGACUUAUUGAUGGUGCAGUUGUCAGUGGAAUUGGAACUGGUGAACGAUUUUUCCCACCACCGUCCGGUUUAAGCUACUCAACUUGGUUUUGCAUUGAACAUUUUAGUACUCCUCCUACUAACCAUCCUGUCAGACUUCUGACUGUAGUACGGCGUGCAAACUCCUCGGAGCAGCACUAUGUGUGCCUUGCCAUCGUCCUCUCAGCAAAAGACCGGUCACUAAUUGUUUCAACUAAAGAAGAAUUACUUCAAAAUUAUGUUGAUGAUUUCAGUGAAGAGUCAUCAUUUUAUGAAAUUCUUCCUUGUUGUGCCCGUUUUCGCUGCGGUGAGCUCAUUGCAGAAGGCCAGUGGCAUCACCUGGUUCUGGUCAUGAGUAAAGGCAUGCUGAAGAAUAGUACAGCAGCACUGUACCUUGAUGGACAGCUUGUUAACACUGUUAAGCUUCACUAUAUUCAUAGCAGUCCCAGUGGCUCUGGUUCUGCCAAUCCUCCUGUAGUCAGCACUGUCUAUGCCUAUAUCGGCACACCACCUGCGCAGCGCCAGCUCUCAUCCUUGGUGUGGCGCUUGGGCCCUACGCACUUCCUGGAGGAAGUUCUGCCUGCCCCAGGAGUUAGCACCAUUUAUGAGCUGGGACCAAAUUAUGUUGGAAGCUUUCAAGCAGUAUAUGUACCGUGCAAAGAUUCCAAGUGUGAAGGAAAUAACCCAUGUCCAGUAUCAUUAGUACCAGAAGAGAAGGUCUCCUUUGGUCUCUAUGCACUCUCAGUUUCUUCUUUUACAGUGGCAAAAAUAAGAAAAGUUUACAACAAACUGGAUAGUAAAGCAAUUGCCAAGCAGCUUGCAAUUUCUUCUCAUGAAAAUGCCACACCUGUGAAGCUGCUACAUAACUCAGCAGGGCACUUGAACGGACCUGCACGCUCCAUUGGUGCAGCUUUGAUAGGAUAUUUGGGAGUAAGAACAUUUGUCCCCAAGCCUGUUGCCACUACUCUGCAGUACAUUGGUGGAGCUGCUGCUAUUCUAGGACUUGUGGCCAUGGCAUCAGAUGUAGAGGGACUGUAUGCAGCUGUGAAGGCUUUAGUCUGUGUGGUAAAGAGCAAUCCAUUAGCCAGCAAAGAAAUGGAAAGAAUCAGAGGUUACCAGGUAUGUAAGAAAUACCUUAAAACAGACUGAAUUUGUUGAAUUUCAGUCUCUGCUAGCAAUUCCCAUGGGAAUUCCUUGUUUUGUUGCAGUGGCCUUAGUUUGUGCUCUUGGGUUUACCAAGCUCUUGGCUGUUUAACAGAGACUAGUUAGUUGGAUAGCUUCUAAAGAGCAAGGUGGAAAAUUUUUCUAAGCAGGUCUACCAAUUUAAUUGUUCUGGUGAAACAUCUCCCUUAAUACAGCAAGGAAGAGCACAACUUAUGUCACUUAACCCUGUUAACAUGAGCCUGUUGCUACAAACAUAAAUGGGACUUAAUGCUGUUAACAUGAGCCCAUUGCUACAGACAUAGGAGCUUCUUUGUCAGUGGUCUACCAGCAACAGAGAACUUGAACACGACGGGAACCAAAAAAGCAGGCUCCUAGAAUUAUUAUUUUGAGAUGACUGUACAGACUUCAUAAUUGGUGAUAUUGGUCGUUUUCAAGCUUAAAACUUUUAAAUUCUCCACUGAGAUAGAAUAGGCAGAAUCACUUACGCAAAAGAAUCAUUUGACUUAAAAAA